UCCUGCGUCCUGUCUACGAAAAUACCUCCUGCCGACAAAGCCACAAUGCCGCUCCAAGCACUCUGACGAUCCUUUCUAUCCGGAAAAAUAGCCCCAAAAGAGCGGGCGACAUUCUCAUUUGUUUAAAAGCUUCAUUGACGUCAACAGCAUCUUUAGAAACCAUGUGUUCCGGCUAUGCUUAUUACUGGUAGAUAUUCAACAUUUUGUCCGGACAAAACCGGAAAUUUCAGCACCUCUGGUGACAAACUAGUCGAAAUUUGAUCGCCUUUAUCAAAAAGAGUGCUAUGGAGGCAACGGCAGAAAAUUCCACCGGCGUUGCGGAUCUGCUGGCAUCGAUGGCGUUGCCUGCUGACGUGGGCAGCCUGGUGAACUACAGCGAGGAGGGGACGGGGUAUGUGGAGUCCGACUACGGAGACUUCACCGCCAUCAACUCGUCCUUCAAGCAGUCUACGGUGAUCAUGGUCAUCUACAUCCUCAUGUACGCUGUGAUCUUCAUGCUGUGCGUCUGCGGCAACACAAGCGUGCUGUACAUGAUCCUCAGGACGCCCAAGGCCAGAGGCGUCGUCACCAACUUCUUCAUCAUGAACCUGGCGUCUGGAGACCUCGUCCUCGGGCUGGUCAACCUUCCCUUCACACUCGUCACCUACAUAUAUGUCGAAGACCAGUUUGGAGACACCCUGUGUAAGCUGGUGCCCUUCAUCAGAGGAACCCUUGUCAGUACCUCCAUCUUCACGGUCACCGCCAUUGCCUUUGAGCGAUACUACCUGGUUGUCUACCCGACGGAGGAGAAGAUCUCGACCAAGACGGCCACCCGUGCCAUCAUGUCCAUCUGGGUCGUGGCUGUGUUCAUCAACGUGCCGGUGGCCAUGGUACACCACAGCGAGGUGUACCUGGGGAAGCACGUCUGCAUGCAGGCCUGGCCGGCCGACACGCUGCGCCGCGUUUACACGUGCUUCAAGCUCAUCUCCUGCUACGCCUUACCUCUCGUCAUCAACGCCGCGCUCAACUACGUCAUCGUCAUGAACAUCUGGAUCCGCCCUCCGGUCAAGAACAGGAACCCGUCCCCCAACAGACUCCGCGCCGUGAAGAUCCUGGCGGCCACCACGGUGAUCUUCGGGCUGUCCUGGCUUCCGCUGCACGUGUGCGCGCUGCUGGAGGACUUCAGCUUCCUGUCGUGGAGCCAGCGCGAGACCAUGCACCUGUAUGUCUACCCCGUGGCGAUGUGGCUGGCCCUGGCCAACACCUGCGUCAAUCCCGUGGUGUACGGCGUGCUGAACAACAACCUGCGGGAGUCGUACCGCCACGCCACCCAGGCCGCGCACGGGCAGACGCCGCUGCUACUCGCCACCUCACGCACCCCGCGCUUCACGCACUCGCCCAGGACCAACGAGCACGUCCACAUCGAGCUGAAAGAGCUCCGGUAA